AUGCACUCGGUAUCUACGGGCGCUUGUACCAUUCGUGAAACAGGCCCGGCCCCUACUCCGGAACCUACGCCGGCCCCUACGCCGCCUCCUACUGUUGAAGUUCCGAUGUGCGACGGUGGAAUCGUCGGCAUCCAAGCGAGCGAUGUGUGCUGCUCCGCCAGCUGCGGGUCUUGCGGAGGUUCCGGGUGCACUGGCAGGGACGGUGGCGCAAACGCCUGCUGCGGUGGUGGAGUCAGGGCUUCGGACCGCUUCUGUUCUGUAACUGGAGAGGCGCCUUGCUUGCUGUAACAGCGCGUCUUGCAUUUAUCU